GCGUGUCUCGGAUUUGACACUUUUGACCGAAGUGAGUGGAGCAGCAGCGGUUUAUUAUUAAAAUUACUGAAGGAGAGGAAAUGAAACAUGGCUGAAUCUUCUUCAGAUUUCACAGAGAACAGCGCCGAGACCAAGCCGGCAGUGUUGGGAGCAGAAUACACUCCCACAGAAGAGGAAAGGAGAGUGUUUAAACAGUGCGAUUCAGAGAGCUUCUGGUACAGAUCGGUACCGUUCUCAGUCAGUGGGAUGGCCGUCACUCACAUCCUGGUCACUAAAGGGAAGCUGACGGCAUCUGGACGCUUCGGAUCUCUGCCAAAAGUUCUGUUUGCUGGUAUGUGUGGAUACUUCGCAGGAAAGUUGUCCUACAUGAAGACGUGUCAGCAGAAAUUCUACAAUUUGGAGAAUUCACCAAUCGCAGAAGCUCUUCGACAGAGACACCACCAUCAUCAUCAUCAUCAUCAACAACAGCAGCAACAGCUGCGUCCACCACAGUUUGCUGCCCCUCGCUCGGAGCUCAGUGAGGAUGAGGAGAAGCCUCGGUUUGACGUGUUUCACUCGGAGAGCGUCUCUGAUUCAUCGUAUUCUCCUCCUGACUACAGCGACAGCACACACUCGUCCUCUGAACACCACGACUUUCACACACACGCUCCGCGUGACGAGGAAGAGCAGGAGGAAGUGAAGAGGAAGCCCAUCCUUUACGAGCAGCUCCGUAACAAGAACAGGGAGAACUACGACAUCACACGGAACCAGAAACUGGAUCGAGACACGCCCAAGAAGGAGGUGAAGAAGAAUAAAUACGGCGACAUGUUGGAUGAGUGAGGAGUCCACAGGUGGACGAGUGCCAUGAGAGAGCUGUACUCCGUGUGUGUGUGUGUGUGUGUGUGUGUGUGUGUGUGUGUGUGUGUGUGUGUGUGU